AUGCCUACCCAGUACAGGGCCCUCGAAACUAUGCUUUUGGGCAAAAUUGUCCGCCUCGAACGACAUGUCUUGGAACUGGAGGACGAAAAAGUCACCGUUGAAGCCAAAUUCAAGGCUCUCAUGCUCCUAAACUCACGCCCCCAUGGGCACUACACCAACAAGCCUAUCUUCAGAAAUUUGAAAGUUGGUUUCAUCAUCCCUUGGCCGAAACGUCAUCUCCAAGUAUGCGUACGCACCCCAGCCCCCACCGAGGAGAGUCAUAUCACAGCAAUCAAGGAGGUGGAUGAUCAGAUCGCGGUCAGAAAGAAGGAGAUUGAGAUCAUUAAGGACGUUUUCAAGAAGGCCAAGGAGCUGCCUGAGGAGAGAUGCAUUAAAGCGCUAUUGAGUUUUAUUGAUCUCUAUAAGGACUAUAAAGAGCCAGAGAUGGCGUGUGAGAUUAAGCCAGUCGUCUGCAUUGAAUUCGUGGCUUUGGAUUCCUAG